AUGUCACGCAAAGACACGGCGCCGCUCUACAAGCUCAUUGUGCUGGGAGACGGAGGCGUCGGCAAAACAGCUCUCACCAUCCAACUGUGCCUAAACCACUUUGUGGAGGAAUACGACCCCACCAUCGAAGAUUCAUACCGAAAGCAGGUGGUGCUCGAUGGCCAGACCGCCAUGUUGGAAAUACUCGACACCGCCGGCCAGGAGGAGUAUACUGCUCUGAGAGACCAGUGGAUCCGAGACGGCGAGGGAUUCAUCUUGGUCUACAGUAUCACUUCGCGGUCGUCAUUCUCUCGCAUUCGUACUUACUACGAGCAAAUCCAGCGAGUCAAGGAGGACGACGAGGGCUUCAGCGUGGUCAUUGUCGGCAAUAAGAGCGAUCGAAACGCUGAGCGAGUCGUUUCCACUGAUGAUGGACGGGCUCUGGCUCGAGAGCUCAACUCUGGCUUCUUCGAGGCCUCUGCCAAGCUCAAUGUCAACAUUGAAAAUGCCUUCUUCGACUGCGUUCGAGCGUGCCGAAUCCAGCGUAACGGAGGCCAGGUUGAGCAGCCCGCCGACACAGGAGCUGCCCAGCCCCUCGUGACGCCCGGCGUUGCUGCUGGAGGCGCCCCAGUUAACAACCAGACUCCUGCCCCGGUACAGAAGGCUGCCCAGUCCUCCACCAACCCGCCACCCGCACAACAAUCGGCUCCCGCACAGAAGACCGCGCCCGCAGCCAAGGACAAGGCCGAGCCCAAGAAGAAGAAGGACAAGAAGAAGAAGAAGUGUGUCAUUAUGUAG